GCACUCACUCACUCACUCACUGGCCAAAGGUGUGCUGAGAGGUUCUCUCUCUCUCUCUCUGGUCUGGCUUUUUCUGUCCCUGUAUACCCCCCGCCACCACAAAUUCUCUCUGGACCAGCCCCCCCCCCCACCACCCUCUCUCUCUCCUUUUCAACACGGAGGGGGUAAUUGUCAGGCAUCUGGCUGUCUUCAGUGAGCUGUGAAAGGGCGAGAGGGAGCUGGUGUCUGGAAGAUGCACCACUCCAUGCUCGGGGUCUUGUUCCUGGCCGUGUGUCUGAGUGCAGUCAGCGGCCAAGCAGGCAAAAAGAGAAGGCAAAGUCCGUACGAUGGAAAUACCCAGAAUCAGAAUUAUUGUUUAGACAAUGGGAAGGUUUACCACGUCAACCAGCAAUGGGAGCGUACAUACAUGGGCCGUGUGAUGAUCUGUACCUGUUAUGGGGCAGGGCGAGGUUGGAAUUGUGAAUCGAAGCCGGAUGUCGAGGAGAUGUGCUACGACCAGUACACUGGGACCAGGCAACGUGUCGGCGACACCUGGGAACGCCCGAAGGAUGGCAUGAUCUGGGACUGUACCUGUAUUGGAGCUGGCAGAGGGAGGAUCAGCUGUACCAUUGCAAAUCGCUGCCAUGAGGGUGGUCAGUCCUAUAAGAUUGGGGAUACCUGGCGAAGACCUCAUGAGACAGGUGGCCACAUGUUGGAGUGUGUUUGCCUUGGAAAUGGGAAAGGCGAAUGGACCUGCAAGCCAAUAGCGGAGAGGUGCUACGACAAUGUGGCAGGCACAACCCAUGAUGUUGGCGAGACCUGGGAAAGGCCAUACCAGGGCUGGAUGAUGAUGGAGUGCACAUGCCUAGGAGAAGGCAGUGGACGGAUCACCUGCACCUCACGGAACCAAUGCAAUGACCAGGAUACUCGAAUGUCCUAUAGACUUGGAGAUAACUGGACAAAGAGGGACAACAGGGGAAAUCUCCUUCACUGUUCCUGUAAAGGCAACGGGCGUGGAGAGUGGGAAUGUGAACGACAUGCUUCUUUGGCAUCCGGUUCCGAAAGCACUCACCUACAGCGUGAAGUCCAGCGCGUGGGUUACCAGCCUCAGUGUGUCAGCGACGGAGGUAUUUUGUACAGCGAUGGAAUGCAAUGGUUUAAGAAGCAGGGGAGCUCACGCAUGUUGUGCACCUGUCUGGGUAAUGGUGUGAGCUGCCGCGAUUUGCCAUCUCAGACAUAUGGAGGUAACACCAACGGACAACCCUGCGUGUUUCCCUUCAUGUUCAUGGGCAAGACUUACCAAUCCUGUACAAGUGAAGGACGCAACGAUGGCAAAUUCUGGUGCAGUACGACCAAAGACUUUGACAGCGAUCGCACUUACUCGUUCUGUAACCAGCAUGCUUCCACGUACAUUCAGAGCCGAGGAGGGAACUCGAAUGGGGCGCUGUGUCACUUCCCUUACCUGUACAACAUGCGGAACUACACUGAGUGCACAUCUGAUGGAAGAAGGGAUAACAUGAAGUGGUGUGGAACAACUGCAAACUAUGACACCGAUGGGAGGUUUGGCUUCUGUCCCAUGGCAGAACAUGAAGAGGUUUGCACCAAUUCAGAAGGGGUUAUGUAUCACAUUGGAGACCAGUGGGACAAAAAGCACGAGCAGGGUCACAUGAUGAGGUGUACCUGUCAUGGCAACGGCCGCGGUGAAUGGACCUGCAUCGCACAUGCUCAACUGCGAGAUCAGUGCGUGGUGGAUGGAAUUACGUACGAAGUGGACCAGACCUUCUACAAACGGCAUGACGAGGGUCACCAGAUGAACUGCACUUGCUACGGUCAAGGCCGGGGGCGAUGGAAGUGUGAUGCCAUCGAUCAGUGCCAGGACACCGAGACGAGGCAGUUUUACCAGAUCGGCGAGAGCUUUCAAAAGUACCGGGAUGGAAUCCAGUACCUGUGCCACUGCUACGGCCGGGGAAUCGGAGAAUGGUCCUGUCAGCCACAGUCAGCCUCACCAGGACCUAUCAAAGUGCUGAUCACGGAGGCUGGGAACCAGACGAACUCACAUCCCAUCCUUUGGAACAAACCGGAAUCGUAUCACAUCGUCCGGUACAUCCUGAAAUGGAAGCCUAAAAACUCGAGGGAGCGAUGGAGGGAGGUGACCAUUCCAGGUGACACCUACUCGUACACCAUCAGGGAUCUGAAACCCGGCCUCACCUAUGAAGGCCAGCUGGCCAGCAAGCCGCAGUACGGCCGGACAAUGGUCACCAGCUUCGAGUUCACAACCUCCUACGUGACACUGUCUCCGACUCAGGGUGAGACAGAACUGUUGCCGGAAGGAGACAUCAUUAGGGAGUCCUCGACCACAGAAUCCAUCACCGAGGUCACCUCCAGCAGCUUCGUGGUGUCCUGGGUGACUGCGUCUGACACGGUCUCUGGGUUCCGCAUCAAGUACGAGCUUAGCGAGGACGAUGCUCAGCCUCAGUACCUUGAUGUUCCAAACACAGUCACAUCUGUUUCCAUUCCCAACCUGCUGCCCGGCCGCAAGUACAUCGUGAACGUUUAUGAAGUCUCGGAAGAUGGGGAGAAGCUGAUCCUAACCAAGACGCCCACGACAGCUCCCGACAGUCCCACAGAGUACACAGUUGACCACGUCGAUGAGACCUCCAUCACCAUUGAAUGGUCCAGGCCUCAAGCCCCGAUCACAGGUUACCGUGUGGUGUACACGCCGUCAGUGGAAGGAGCCAGCACCGAGAUCAUUCUGCCCAGCACCUCGACCAACCUGACCCUGACCGACCUGCUGCCUGGCAUCCAGUACAACAUCAGCAUCUACGCCGUGGAGGAGAGCCAGGAGAGUGUCCCGCUGGUCAUCCAGCAGACCACCGGUGGCGUCCCUCUUCCAGUGGUGGUGGAGACCCCCAGCAACCUGCAGUUCAUCGAUGUGUCAGAGAACAAGAUCACCAUCAUGUGGAACGCCCCUCGCACCGAGGUCACCGGGUACCGCGUCACCGUGCUGGCCUUGGACAGGCCUGGCCGCCGGCCCACCGAGCUGCCCAGAUCCACCAACAACUUUGCCGAGAUCACCAGGUUACAGCCCGGCACCACCUAUCGCUUCUCCAUCUACGCCGUGAACCGUGAGGCCGAGAGCCGGCCUCUGGUUGGACAGCAGACCACCAAGCUCGAUGCUCCCACCAACCUCAGCUUCCGAAACAUCACCGAGACCACCGCGCUGGUGACCUGGACUCCGCCUCGAGCCCGGAUAACCGGAUACCUCCUGACCUGGGGCCUGACCACCAACGGGCAGCCCAAGAGCCUCCGCCUCAAGCCCGGCACUACCCACCACCGGCUGUUCAAGCUACUGCCUGGAGCCGAGUACGUCGUCGCCCUCACCGCGAAGCAGGACGACCUGUCGAGCCAGAGGGUCCACGACGUUCUAACAACCCUGGAGACCAUGGGCCCGGUGCCAAACAUCAACACAGAGGUGACGGACACAGCUAUUAUCGUUACAUGGACACCCAUGCCCAGGAUAUCAUUCCGGGUGGGGGUCCGACCCAGCCAAGGCGGAGAAACCCCUCGGGAAGUGACCAGCGACUCCGGGAGCAUCAUCAUCUCCAGCCUGACUCCUGGUACCGAGUACACCGUCUCCAUCACGCUGCUGGUCAACGACCAGGAACGGGACAGGCCCGUCACCAAGACUGUUGUCACCGAACUGUCCCCGCCCACCGACCUACAGGUCUACCCCGAUCCGACCACGGGAGAGCUGACGGUGACUUGGCGCGAGGGACCGUCGCCAGAUAUCACUGGCUACCGAGUGACCUGUGUCCCGAAACCGGGCCAACAGGGCAACCUUCUCGAGGAAUUUGUCGAACCGGGACAGACCUCCUGGAUCCCCGAGAACCUGACUCCCGGAGUUGAAUACAACGUCAGCGUUUACACCGUCAAGAACGGCAAGGAAAGCCAGCCUGCGUCCGCGGUGAUAACCCAAGAAAUCCCCCAACUCACUGACCUGACCUUCGUUGACGUAAGUGACACGAGCAUUGGCCUGCAAUGGACACCACUAAACUUUUCGGCCAUCACUGGCUACCGCAUCACUGUCAUAGCGGCGGGGGAGUCGGUCCCCAUUCUCGAAGACUUUGUCAGCUCGUCGACGGGAUACUAUACGGUGCAAGGCCUGGAGCCCGGGAUAGAUUACGACAUCAGUGUUAUCACCCUGAUAGAGGGUCGCGCGAGUGUCACCACCACACGCAAGCAGCAAACCGCGGUGCCACCUCCCACCAACCUGCGUUUCACCCAUGUGGGGGCAGACACCAUGAGAGUCAGCUGGUCAGCCCCUCCCUCCAUCGACCUCAGCAACUUCCUGGUGCGCUACAGACCCGUGGGAGAUGAGGAGGGGCCAACUGACCUGACCAUCACCCCUUCUAACAGCAUGGUGGUACUGACAGGGCUCCAGCCUGGCACAGAGUACCUGGUGCAGGUGUACUGUGUGAUCGACGAGAGAGAGAGCACUCCACUGAGUGGCACUCAGCGAACAGGCAUCGACUCACCAACUGGCAUCGACUUCUCCGGUGUGGCGACCACCUCUUUCACCGUGCACUGGCUGCCCCCCAAAGCCCGCGUCACCAGCUACCGGGUGCGGCACCAGCUCGAGGGCAGCACCAGGCCCAAGGACGAGCGGGUGCCGGCCUCCCGCACCUCCCUGCUGCUCACCAACCUGGCCCCGGGCUCGGAGUACGUCGUCAGCAUCUACGCCUACAACGGCCGGCAAGAGAGCCUGCCCCUGGUUGGCCAGCAGUCCACAAUCUCCGAUUCUCCGACUGACCUGGAAUUCACCCGUUCCACGCCCAAGAGCCUUACCAUCAGCUGGAAGCCACCACCCGUGACUGUUAAAUUCUACCGUAUCGCUUUCGGAGAGUCAGGAGGCCGUGGACCAGUGAAGGAGAUAACCGUACCGGGGGCCGAUUCCACUGCCACCAUCUCCGGCCUGCGCCCGGGCACCGAGUACACGGUGACUGUCUACGCCGUCACCGGCCGCGGAGACAGCCCGGCGACCAGCAAGCCAGUCGUGGGCUCCGAGAAGACAGAGAUCGACAUGCCCACUUCAUUGAAGGUGAAGGAAGUGCACGACAACAGCCUGACCAUCAGCUGGAAGCCCCCCGUCGCCCCGGUGACCAGCUACAGAGUCACCAGUGCCCCGAAGGAUGGCAUCGGCCCAGUGAUAUCUCACACCGUCCCGGCAGGUCAGUCUCCAGAGGCGCCACUGGUGGGCCUGAGGCCUGGCACCGAGUACACAGUGCAGGUGUAUGCCCUAUACGAUGACCAGGAGAGCACCCCUCUGAUAGGCACCCAGAGCACAGCCGUUCCGCCUCCCACCGACCUGGAAUUCGUUCAGGUGACUCCGACGAGCAUGACCAUCGCCUGGCACGCACCCGACACCGAUCUGACCGGUUACAGGGUGGUGGUGAAACCAAGGGAGAAAGCCGGGCCCAGCAAGGAGCUGAAUCUGGGCCCAGACAACACCAGCGCCACCGUCUCUGGGCUCAUGGUUGCAACUAAGUACAACAUCUUUGUGUACACCAUCAAGAAUAUCUUGACCAGCAGGCCUCUGCAAGGCAUCAAAGCAACACUGGACGACGUCGGCUCUCCUCGGAAAAUCCGUGUCAGCGGGGUGACGGAGACCAGCAUCACCCUGCAGUGGCGCACCAAGGCUGAAACCAUCACCGGCUUCCAGAUCGACGCCAUUCCCACCGGCGGGCAAAGCCCAGUGCAGAGGACUGUGGGGCCCAACCAGAGGUCGUACACCAUCACAGGCCUACUGCCCGGCACCGAGUACAGCAUUAACAUCUACUCGCUGAAUGGCGACUCUCGCAGCACCCCCUCCUCGGUCAUAGCUCGGACUGCCAUCGACUCUCCAUCCAACCUGCGGUUCAUCUCCACGACCACCAACAGCAUCAUGUUCACAUGGCAGCGGCCGCGUGCCCGCAUCACCGGCUACAUCGUCACCUACCAUGCCAAGGGGGAGCGCCCAGUGGAGCUCUAUCCGCGACCCACCAUCAACACCCACGAAGCGGUGAUUACAGGACUACGGCCUGGAACUGAAUACACCAUCAACAUCAGAGCUGUUCAGAACUCUCUGCAGAGCGAGCCACUGAGCGGGAAGAAAAUCACAGGACCCAGCGACGGGGGUCAGAGGCCGUCGGUCGAGCAAGGAGGCAGGACCACCGGCCAGCCCGAUGACCGGUCGCCGCUGCCAAGACCGGUCAGGCCCGAGGACGACGAGAGGAGGACCACCAGCCCCGGUCGCGGCAGCCAAGGUACCGGCGCCGAGGGCCCCUACCACCAGGGCCCCACCAGCCCCACCCACUCGCAAGGGCUGGUGGUGGAGGAGGAAGGCCUGCCCAACGGGCACGGGCGCCAGCCCAAGACCAUCAUCUCCUGGCAACCCAGCACCGUCGCCUGGGAGUACCUGGUCACGUGCCACCCUGUGGGCCAGAAGGAGAAAGUUUUCGAGCUCCGGGUACCGGGCACAUCGACGUACGCUGUGCUGCCCAACCUCGUGUUAGGGACGCAGUACAAGGUCCUGGUGGAGGCCAUAGAUGCGGAAGGGAAGCACAAGAUCCUGGAGGAAGUCAUCACGGUCGGAAGUACCUCUCCCGACCAAGCCUCCCACCUCAUCCCCGAUGAAUCCUGCUUCGACACGGCCACAAACUCCCACUACGCCAUCGGCCAGGAGUGGGAGCGAAUGUCAGAGACUGGUUUCAAACUCUGGUGUAAAUGCUUAGGCUAUGGAAGUGGUCAUUUCAGGUGUGACUCAACUAAAUGGUGCCACGACAACGGCCAGAACUACAGAGUCGGCGAGAAGUGGAACCGCCGCGGCGACGGGGGCCACAUGCUGAGCUGCACUUGCCUGGGCAAUGGCAAAGGGGAAUUUAAGUGUGAACCGCACGAAGCUACUUGCUACGACGAGGGGAACAUGUACAACGUAGGGGAACAGUGGCAGAAGGAGUACCUCGGUGCCAUCUGUACAUGCACUUGCUUAGGAGGGCAACAGGGUUGGCGAUGCAGCAACUGCCACAGGCCCGGGUUUGACCCGCUGGUAGAUGGAACUAACAGCCAGUCAUCUGAGUCAUCAUUGUCCCAGUAUACACAGAUAAGACACGGAACAAGGUACAUACACUGCCCGGUGGAAUGCAGGAGCCAGGGGAGUUUGCUGGCUGACUCUGGGCAGCUGGAGUAGGGCGACAGACGGCGAGAGCAGAGCUGCAGGCGACAGCUGCUUGGAAUAGCGACAGGAGCUUCCGGGAUAGCGCGUGCUUAGCACGUCCGACUACGUUCUUCCAGCUUCAGCACCACUCUCCUUUUUUCUCUCUCUCUCUCACACACCCACUGACCCCUCCCUCCCUGUCCUCCAGCUCCUAUCACGGCCCUGCACCUGCACAAGGGGAGUGUCUGUCACGGAAAAAGUCGAAGGCAAUCAAAGACAUUUUCCGUUUUUAUUUCCUUUCAAGAAAAAAAAUCGAACUGCGUUGGGCUUUUGGUGCUCGUCGCUAUUGAGUGCAGCCCAUUAGCAACACCGCACCCUCCAUCGUUAAGGACCAAGCCCCACCUUCCUCCCCACCCCUCCUUGAUCAUAGUCUACCUGAUAAAAGGAUGAAAGGAACGACAUUGUUACUUAAUUAAUUAAAAAAAAGCACGACCUUCUAUUCCACAAAUGCUGCAGGACCCCCUCCCCAAGUGUCUUAAUGAUCACAAUGUUGUAAUUGUCUUGACUGUAAUGAGCUGUUAUUUAUCGAAACCUUUCUGCCCCCCACCUCCCCCAACCCAUGCAGUGUUUAUUCUAUUGUAAACCUUUUAUACUGUUUAACACAAACGAGGAUUGGGCACUGCUCUGGCGAUCGUGUUUCUAGUUGUUUGUCGGUGUAUUUGCCGCGAUCAGUGUUUAUAGAUGCCAGUGCCUUUUUAUUUUCUAACCUACGGAUGGAAAAUCCUCAAUUCAAUAAAACUUUUACAAAAACAAACAAACAAAAAAA